CGAAGAAGUGCUGCCAGCUGCCACGCUGUUGCUACGCAACCGUGUAAUCGGAGUAACCAGGGACACCAGCUAUGCUUCAGGACAAUGCUGAAGGGCCGCAGGUCCAGAGCAGACAGAAGGAUGCAGGCCAUGAUGGCUGGAGCGCUUCAGGAUCACAUCAUCCGGAGUGUUACACACCUUCAGCGCCCCAACCUUCCCUCACCUUCCACACGCCACACACACUCUCACACACACCAUGUUGAUGAUGAGCGGGAGUUUGUGCUGGACUCACCUCAGCCUCCACUCACACUCGCUCAGAAGCUGGGUUUAGUAGCCGCUCCCAGCAGCAGAAGGCUGACUAUAGACGAGUGGAUGGAGGUGAAAUCUCGCUCCCUGCUGAACGGAGACUCCACUCAGCCGUGCAUCAUCUGCACCGAGGAGUUCCGUCUCCAGCCGCAGGUUCUGCUCUCCUGUUCUCACAUCUUUCACAGAGCGUGCUUGAGGAAGUUUGAGCACUUUUCGGGCAGGAAGUGUUGUCCGCUGUGCAGGACGGAGCAGUACGAGACUCGAACGAUACAUGACGGAGCGAGACUCUACAGAGAGAAGUGCGCUCUCAGGAUUCAGGCCUGGUGGCGAGGCUGCGUCGCACGACAGUGGUACAGAGACGUGAGGAAAGUCGUGCCGCCCAGUGACCCGCGAUUACGACGCAGAUUCUUCGAGGAGAAGUUUCAGCAGCUGAACACGAGCCUGGUGCAGUCAUGCCGCAGCGACGUCGACUCGUUCCUGCGUGAAAUAGACCAGAGCGUCGCCCAGAGCCGAGACGUCUUCCACCUCUUCGACCGUCUACAGACCAGCAGCACCAGAGGAAUGGAGGAGGAGGAGUGGAGGAAAGCUCAGGAGAAGGCGGUCCAGCGGGACACUUACGACUGUCCGAUCUGUCUGACUCCUCUGAGAAGCGCGCACUCGUCCACUCCAGUUGUCCUGCUUUCCUGCUCCCAUCUGUUCCAUCAGUCCUGCCUGAGAGCAUCAGAGCACUUCUGCCAGGAGGGCGGCGCCACCUGCCCACUCUGCCGUCGUCACUAUGUCUCUGUGCCCGUGUACGACUUUGCCCGUUACCAUACCAUGUAAAGUAUGACACUGAGCGUUAGCUAGUUAGUAUGCGGACAUUCAAGAAAAAAUAAACCCAUCAACAAACUGAUUCAUUAGAACAAUUCAUCAGACUGUUAUCCGAUUCACCAGAUCCGAUCAAGUCAUUGUUACUUGGUGUGAAUUCUAAUGAAUCAAAUAGAACCAGAUGAAUGAAUAACUUACUAUUUGAUACAGUUUGGUAAAUCAAAUAUCAGUCUGAUUAUUUAUUCCAAUGAAUCAAAUAGUGAAAUCAUCAAACUGGUAUUUGAUUCACCAGAACCACUCGGUUUGUUCUACUCUGAUUAUUUGUUCUCGUGAAUCAAAACUUUACUGUUUGACUCAUUAGAACACGUGAUUGGUUCUAGUGAAUCAAAUAACAGUCUGAUGGUUUGUUCUAAUAAAUCAAAUGGUUUUCUCAUCACAUUGGUAUUUGACUCACUAGAACCAAUCAGCACGUGUUCUAAUGAGUCAAACAGUAAAGUGGUGAUUAAUUCAGUUUGGUAAACUGAAUAUUAAUGUGUUGAUUGGUUUUGGUGUAUCAAAUACCAGUCUGAUUAUUUGUUGCAAUAAACAAAAAUCAUCACACUGGUAAAAUGUUGGUAAAUUUAAUAAGUCGGAGUACCAAUAUGUUAAUUAGGUUCUGGUGAAUCAAAUAGUGAAAUAAUCACACUGGUAUUUGUUUCACCAGAACCAAUCAACACAUUAGAAAUGAAUCGACACAUUGCCGUUUGAUUCAUUAGAACAAGUCAACACACUGCUAAAGAGAAAAUCUGAAUUAUGGACAGACUUGUCUGUUAAUUGAGGUAAAAAGAAAAUCUCCACAAGGAUUUGCAUUGAGAAAGAGCAUUUUAUUUCCAACGUUCUGAACUGAACGCGAGACCAGAAAAAAAAAAGAAAAUUGGUUGCUUGUAAUGGAAUAAAAGAAUGCAUUUUCACAGUAUAAUAUACAAACCAGUGACAAUUUUAUGAUCUGUGCAUUUCUGUUUAUGGUCCAGAGGUCAUUGGGGGGAAAAGCAAGAGAUAUAUACACAUAUACACAAACACACACACACACACACACACACAUAUAAGACAUUUGAUGAUUUGCAUAUUAUACAAUGACUUUGUACAAAAAAAAGUGCAUACUUUGUACAUAUGCUUUACUUCAAAAACAACAAUCGUCCUUCAGACACACAUUACAUUCAAGAGUAAAAUGUGAUGAGUCAGCUUAUUUAUUUAUUAAUAUAUAAUAAAUGACCUUUUCACAGGUUGUAAAUUCAGUGUCCCUCAUGUGAGAUCUGUUUAAAAAGCCCGAAUCUCAUUUGAACAACGUUUAAAACACACUCAUGUUUCAUGUCAUCACUGGCAUUGUAAACUGGUUGUUUCUUUGACGGUCACAUGAGGGG